AUGGAGCGGAUAGAUUUAUACCAAACUUUAGGCUUUGGUCCACGUGCCAUCCAUAUUGAUGCUUCAGAAGACCUUGGAUGGAGUCUGAGAGCUCUACCAUUUCAUCCACUACAAAACACAGAGACUGACCUGGUAUUUGUGGUAGUCCCACAUAUUGGGUCAGAAAGUCAAUCAGAUGUCCUUGACUACAAAUGGGCAUGUAAACAUGUUUUUGUGGAUGUGGAACAAACUCAACAUCUCUCAUAUUGGGACGGUCGGACAACUCAUCCCGCAAUUUUGAAACCAGGAUCAGAUGACAUCAUUGUUUUAAAUGCAUGUGCUCUUCAUUCACGCCAUGAGACUCUGGAACAUUAUCUGCACUUUACUCAGGUGUACCUUCAUGCAGCGUGCCUCCUUGAUAAAUUCAAGAUCAUCCUUGAAGAACAAAUCUGUUUCUCUCCAAAACAAGAUGAACACAUGAAGAACUUGCGCGUGUGGAGCCUGUCAAGCGUUUUUGAAAUCUCCAAGAACCGCCUCCUGUACUACCGGCUUACAUCACCUCUGAUUGAGUAUCAUGGAAGACAUGCUGUUAUCUGUGGAUUUCGCGGUUUUGGUGAUGUUAUCACCAAUCUAACCAUCAUGGAUGAUACGUGA